UCCGAUCGCACGUGACAACCCUAUUACUCAGUUGUUGUUUUUAAUUAAUGUUUAAAUAAUUUAAAAAAAAGUUCUUUACAGAAAAAUGGUCGUGUUGAGCUCCUGUUGGUCCCCCAUUAUCUGGUCUGACAAUGUCCGGACGGGCAGCUACGCCGUGGCCGCCUAUACGACUGCGCUCUCUGUGGUGCUCAUCACAAUAAUAUGCUAUAUGCUGGCGGGGGGAGAGUCGGGACAACUAUACUCGCCGCUUUUCGAAACGGACAUCCGGACAUCGAUGCCCAUAGCUGGCGGGUUCUUUAUUAUCUACUUCCUUCUAAUAAUCCUUUCCUCGUAUAUGGUGUACUACGGUAUUAAAAUCAGCACUCGAGGAUGGCUAUUGCCUUGGUUAGGACUCAUCGGUCUUGCUAUUCUGUUCCAGUUUGGCUGGAGCUUGUGGCUUAUUGGAGGCUAUUAUAUCUAUCUGGAGCAAACUUUUUCGGCCUUGUUGAACUUCGUUUGGGUGGCCUACAAUAUAUACUGCUGGCUUGUCGUUUUCUCGCAGUACCAGAUCUUUUUGGAAAUCCAGAAUCCAAAUAUUGAGCUGCUGAUGCCAUAAGAACUGCGCCAUCACUGCCAUCUCUAAAUAACUCGAAUAUUUUAUUUAAGAUUAAUUUUGACGCAGCGCGCAACAAACUCCGUCCAGGAUCACAUUUUUACAAAAAGAAAGAAUUCCAUUCCAUUUUACAGAUGCCUACCAAAUAGUUUUAUAUAAACUUUUAUAUAUUUUACACACCUUUAUACAUGUUUAAUUGUAAUGUAUGAAUCGAAUGCCUUAGUCUGCUAAACGACCAUUAAAUAGAUUCGUAAAACUAA